UACCAUCUACACGCAACCCCCCAAAUUUAUUCCACGAUUCUCAACUAAAUAUAACCCUCCCAAAAAAGCUUGAGUUUCACAAUUGCAACUUACAACUGAAGCACACUCUUCGAAUUUUCCUCAUUUUCUCUCUCCUCUUGACUUUCGCUUUUUCCUUCCUCUUUGUGUGCAUGGUUUGUGAUUUGCAGGAUGGGAACUGCUUUUAGGAAUAUGCUUUCGUCUUUUUUUCUUGUUCUUCUUUUGUCACCCCUGGCCUUGUCUGCCUCAAAUGAUGGCUUGGUCAAGGUUGCUUUGAAGAAGAAAAAGUUGGACCAAGUAAGCCGGCUUACCACUCAAUAUGGCUCUAUUGAAGAGUCUAUUAGAAUGCCUAUGAAAAGGUACGGUCUCGCCAACAAUUUGGCGAGCAAUGAUGAUGCAGAUAUUGUCCCUUUGAAGAACUAUUUGGAUGCUCAGUACUUUGGCGAGAUAGGUGUUGGUACUCCUCCACAGAAAUUCACUGUGAUAUUUGAUACAGGAAGUUCUAACCUAUGGGUCCCUUCCUCCAAAUGUUACUUUUCUAUCGCCUGCCUUUUUCAUUCUAAGUACAAUGCAAGGAAGUCAAAAUCAUACACUAAGAAUGGGAAGAGGGCUGAGAUUCAUUAUGGUACCGGAGCUAUUUCAGGGUACUUUAGUGAAGAUCAUGUUACAUUGGGAGAUCUAGUUGUUGAGAAUCAGGAUUUUAUUGAAGCGACAAGAGAGCCUAGUAUCACAUUUGUGGCUGCUAAGUUUGAUGGUAUUCUUGGGCUUGGUUUCCAAGAAAUCUCCGUUGGUAAAGCUGUUCCAGUUUGGUACAAUAUGCUUGACCAGGGUCUUGUAAAGGAGCCUGUAUUUUCCUUCUGGCUGAACCGAAAUGCAGAUGAGGAAGAAGGGGGUGAAAUUGUUUUUGGUGGGGUUGAUCCUGAUCAUUACAAGGGGGAACACACAUGGGCUCCUGUAUCUCAGAAAGGCUAUUGGCAGUUUGAUAUGGAUGACGUCUCAGUUGAUGGCGAAACAACUGGCUACUGUGCUGAUGGUUGUUCUGCGAUUGCUGAUUCUGGGACAUCUCUGUUGGCUGGCCCAACGGCUGUGGUUGCUCAAAUCAAUCAUGCAAUUGGUGCCUCUGGGGUAGCAAGUAUGGAAUGUAAGGCGGUGGUUUCACAAUAUGGGAAACAGAUUCUGGAGUUGUUGUUAUCAGAGACUCAACCCAAGAAAAUAUGUUCCCAAAUUGGUUUAUGUACCUUUGAUGGCAAGCGAGAUGUUAGUAUGGGCAUUGAAAGCGUGGUUGAUGUCAAUGUGGACAAGUCUUCUGGUGGCCUUCGUGAUUCCAUGUGUACAGCUUGUGAAAUGGCUGUGGUAUGGAUGCAAAAUCAACUAAGACAAAAUCAGACCGAAGAACGUAUCCUGAAUUAUGCUAACGAGCUCUGCGAGCGCCUUCCUAGUCCGAUGGGGGAGUCUGCUGUUGACUGUAGUAGUCUUUCAUCAAUGCCAUCUAUAUCCUUCACUAUAGCUGGAACAACGUUUGAUCUCACUCCUGAACAGUACAUCCUCAAAGUGGGCGAGGGAGCUGCAGCACAAUGCAUCAGUGGAUUCAUAGCUUUAGAUGUGCCUCCUCCUCGUGGACCCCUCUGGAUUCUGGGGGACAUAUUCAUGGGUCGGUACCACACUGUGUUUGACUAUGGAAAUUUGAGAGUUGGAUUUGCAGAAGCUGCUUAAGACCUGCUUGGAUACCACUAUAAGCAUACAACUUCUAACCUUUUAUAGAGGUCGCAUACGCUAAUGUUCUGUGAAUGUUUGCUAAAAUUACUUUGGCUGUGUAAAUAUUGAAGGAUCAUCGUAUGUUUAAUAAUAUAAGAGAACUAGAGAAGUAUGAUGCCAGUAUGAACUGAUUAGGAACGUUUUAUCUUUAUUGCCUUGUGCGAUGGUUUUCCUGCU